AGACUGAAGCGUUUUCAGAGGAAAACGUGCACUAAUAAACCAUGACAGCAACAAUCACUCUCUCCACUGGUCAGAGGAUGCCAACGGUGGGAUUAGGAACAUGGAAAAGUGCCCCAGGACAGGUGAAGCAGGCUGUACUGGCAGCUUUAGACUGUGGCUACAGACACAUUGACUGUGCGGCAGCUUACAGCAACGAGCGUGAGGUUGGAGAGGCUCUCACUGAAAGACUAGGACCAGGAAAGUCUCUGAGACGAGAUGACAUUUUUGUGACCUCCAAGUUGUGGAACACCAAGCACCAUCCAGAUGAUGUGGAGGAGGCCUGCAGGCGCUCUCUGUCGGACCUGAGGCUGAGUUAUCUGGACCUCUACCUCAUUCACUGGCCAAUGGCCUUUGGGAGAGGAGAUGAGCUGAUACCCCGGCAUCCUGAUGGUACUAUUCAGUAUGAUGACACUCACUACAGAGACACUUGGGCAGCCAUGGAGAAGCUGGUUGACCAAGGGCUGGCAAAAGCCAUUGGCUUGUCAAACUUCAACGCCAAACAGAUUGAUGACAUUCUCAGCAUUGCCAAACACAAGCCAGUGGUCAAUCAGGUGGAGUGCCAUCCAUACCUGGUGCAGGCUGAGCUGGUGUCCCACUGCUGGAGUCGAAAUCUGACAGUGACAGCCUACAGUCCUCUGGGGUCUCCUGAUCGUCCAUGGGUUACACCAGGAGAAGCUUUACUUCUGGAUGAUCCAAGAGUGGUUGGAAUAGCCAAGAGCUAUAACAAGACCCCUGCGCAGGUCAUCAUCAGAUGGCACAUUCAGAGAGGCGUCGUUUGCAUCCCUAAAAGCGUCACUCCAUCAAGGAUCAAACAGAACAUUGAAGUGUUUGAUUUUAAACUAUCCGAUGAAGACAUGAGGCUCAUAGAAUCAUUCAACAGGAAUGAGAGGUUUAUCAUUCCAACUGUAAUAAAAGACGGACAGAAGAUUUGGAGAGAUGCUAAACACCCUCAUUUUCCCUUCAUUGAGCCAUAUUGAAAACAGAGCCUUAAUCCGAGCCAUUAUUAAAAACAAAAUGGUGUUGCAUUUUCAUUAAUAAAUUUACAAC